UCUUUCCAUUCCUCCUUAGUUGUGACGCUCAGCGAUGACGGCCCAACGUCUCUCGCGGGACAGGCAUCUCGAAGCUGCCGGAGCUUUUCAACUGGAACAUAGCUUCUCUUUAACUCCAAUCCUAGUCCGAUGACUAUGGCACAAAUACGGGAUCAUUGUAUAAGAGGACUCGUUCUCGAGGUAGUCAUCACCUGUACUGGCAUUUCCCAACAUGAAGCUCAUCUUCCCAACUACCCUCCGAAUUUAUGCUGCGUUCGCACUCACACAUAUGGCCCUCGCGCAGAAUGUAUUCAUUGGACAGCCUGCAAAUGGAUCUACCAUUUCCGCGGGCUCCAAUUUAACAGUGAGGAUCGACAGGCCCGAUACCCUCUCGGGCUCCACCGAAGUGGCCCUCGUUAUGGGCAUAUGGCCUUGUAAUAACCUUCCGUGCCCUGGACCAUCUAACAUCAUUGGCACCAUCCUGUACAAUGGUCCAUACAAGCCCCAAUUCUCAGUUCCAUCAAAUUCCCUCCCUCCACAUGAAAACUUUACAGUUAGUAUCCCAGAGGGGUUUGUCAAGGGAGUGACACAAUUUGGGCUAGCACAUGUUGCUUUAAUUGGGGCGGGACAAGCUCCGUUUCUCGAAACUUUGAACGCGACAUUGGUGAUAGUUUGAACUGGAAGGUCAGGAAUUCUUGAUAAUAAAUAUAGUAAGAAAUUUCUAAAGAGCCAAGAACGACAUUGUUGACCGUCAAUUUGCACUGGAAGUAAGCGGGAAUGAUUAGUGUUCAACAAAUAAAAUUGAAGCCUCGCUCAAGUUACUACAGUUACUACAGUUAGUUACAGUGGUUGGUGG